UCAUCUCCACAGCAUCAUCGCCUCAGUGUCUAAAUCGUUCUUCUGCCGAGCGCACAUUUUCGCGACUGUGAACAGCUUCAGUUGAUUUCCAUUGGAAUUUUCCUCAAUGAAAUUAGUGUAUUGUGACUUCCUUGCUGGAUGUUUUGGCGGAACAUGUGGAAUGCUCGUGGGUUAUCCUCUAGACACGAUAAAGUGUUGGCAACAGGCGUCAAAUUGUCGUGUUGGAACGGCAAUUUACAAAAUCAUAGUUAUGAAUAAUGGGCUGAAGGGUUUCUAUCGGGGAAUGACUUUUCCCGUCCUCACGACGGGCCUGCUCAAUUCCAUGCUCUUCGGCAUCUACGGCAACACCCUGAGGAAUCUCCAGCACAAUGUUCCGGAUGAGGACAAGCGAAAGAAGCUUCAGCCGCAGCACAUCUUCAUUGCAGGCUCAGUCGGUGGAUUCCUGCAAGCCUUCGUGGCGAAUCCAAUUGAGCUGGUGAAGAUCAGACUGCAGACGCGAUCGUGCACGACUCGAGGAUCGUGGGAGUGCCUGAGCAACAUCCUGAAGACUGAGGGAUUCCUGGGACUGUACAGAGGACUCACGCCAAUGAUCUGUCGUGAUAUAUUCCCUUACGGAAUUUAUAUGCUAGCUUAUGAACAAAUCCUCAAGAUCCUGGGAUGUGUGCCGUACGUCCAAGAGCAGAGGCGGAGGAAUGCGGAAAUGAAGGACGUGAGUGUCAACAGCAAUCUUGAACUCACUCUCACGACGAUAUCAGGAUCAAUUGCUGGAGUUUUAUCCUGGAUCUUUGUCAUCCCAUUCGACGUGAUCAAGACAAUCAUGCAGGCCGAGCCGAAUCCUAACGUCUACAAGAACAUGAUCCACUGCAUCUCCGUGACUGUGGAAAAGAGCGGUUGGCGAUCUCUUUUCCGCGGCAGUUGCAUGCUUCUUGUGAGAGCAGUUCCAGUGAAUGUCGCCACGUUUAUUGGCUAUGAGUAUUGUUUGGAGAAGUGUAAGAAAAUAGAUUCUAAUAAUAAAGUAGCGUGAAAUGGAACGUUUAUUCCCGCCAUUAUUUUCGUUCGCGGUCUGAA